GUAUAUAAGGAAUAAAAAAAGGUUGUGAAUUCAACAGGUUGUAAAUUCGUCACAAAGGAAAUUAUCAUACGCAUUUGAACUUUAUUUUAUUAUCACGGAUUUACUUUACAAGAGACUUUUCUGAAUCAAAGAAGAAAUCAAGAUGAUACCAAUUUCAGUCUACAUUGGUGUAUUAGUGGUGCUGACAGUGGCGGCUUACUUUAAAUUCCUAUUUAGGAUACGGAAAGAAAACGAACCCCCAAUUCCAAAGGGCCACUUUAUAUGGGGAAAUGGUGAACAGUUCCACAGAAAUGCCGUUAAAUUCCUACACGACACACAGAAAAAAUUAGGAGACAUUUUUACAAUUCGUCUUUUUCAUCAGCAUUUAACAAUCCUUAUGGACCCCCACUCAUAUGAAAGAAUGGUCAAGGAGAAAAACUUUGAUUUUGAUGCAAUUCAGCGACAGGUUAAUCAUAAUGUCUUCAGCUUUGCCCUCGUAGAUGCCCGUAACAUGAUCAAGGAGGCUGGCAAAAGAGUCAGGGGACCAUACCUCAACAAGGGAAUGAACCAAUAUGCCAAAUACCUCAAUGAGGCUUAUGUCGAUGUCAACGAAAGAACCGAAAUGGAUGCACUGAAGCCUGAAUGGCACACAGAUGGACUUAGAUCUUUUAAUGCUAAAACCCUGUUUUCUGCUCUGUUCUUCACAAUUUUUGGUAAAAUGGACAAACAAACUCCAUUUGAGCCCAAUACCGUAUUUAAGCACUUCGAUACUUUUCACAAAUACUUCAACUACCUCUGGCUCGGAAUGCCGGCUAACAUGUUCCCAGAAGCUCUCAAGUCUCUGAAGUUUCUUUGCGAUCAACCAACUUCCCAAGACUUUCUCCAGAGAGACGACCUGUCCGAAUACAUUCGAUUUUCCGUGAAUUUCAUGUUGGAGCACGGCCAGACAGAGCAGGACAUUAUCGGACACAAUCUUGUGUAUCUCCACGUCAACUACAACACGUUCAGAAUGGCCUUCUGGGCUAUCUACCACCUGAUGGAGCACCCCGAGGCUUUAGAGGCUCUGAGAGAGGAGGUCCGGACAGUCAUCGAAAAGAGAGAGGACAACGUCAACGAAGAUGGUGAAGUGGAACUCAGUCUGGAUGAUGUGGAUCGGCUACCUAUUCUUGACAGCAUUACUAAGGAAACUCUGAGGGUGUCAGGCGGUGUGUUCAUGGUCAGGGCUGUUGCCGAGGACACCGAGUUUGAGACAGAGGAUGGCAAGAAAUACAGUCUACGAAAAGGAGACAAAGUAGCCAUGUAUCCCCCGGCCAUCCACAAAGACCCCGAAAUUUUCGAAAACCCUGACGAAUACAAAUAUGACAGAUUCGUUGAUGCCAAAUUUUACAAGAAUGGAAAAGAAGUCAAGAACCCCAUCUUGGCAUUUGGUUCAUUGUGUCCAGGCAAAAAGUACGCCAUUUGCCAAGCUAAAUGGUUUAUGUUGUCUUUGGUGAAUGCUUUUGACUUCGAGCUUUGCGAGGGAGAGAAAACACAAUGUGAUGUAAACUAUCACGGACAUGAAAUUUUACCACCAACCAAUGAAGUUCAAAUUCGCUACAGAUUACGGCAAGGGCAUAAGAAAUUAGUAUUUGUUUAAUGGACAAUUUUCAGUCGUUCAAGGUUGUGUUUUUAUUAUUUAUUGACCAAUGAAAGGAAGCUAGAGGAGUGACCUAAGGUGAGAGUGAUGCAUGAAUGAGAGAGCGGUAGAUCGAAUGUGAGCUCCAUGGUUGUGACACUUUAUUUUAUGCCAGUAGAACUUACAAAAUUAUUGUAUAUUUUGCAUAACAGGUCCCAAAAAUAAUUUUGUCGGUAUGUGAUAUGUGUGUCUGUGAGAGUGUGAAUUUCAUUUUAUCGUUCAUUUUGAGAUAUUUUUUUCAUCCCCUCAUGUUUUGUUUGCAUUUGCUUGAGAGUUUAUAGGCAUUUAAGCAUAAUCCCAACUUUCUGUGUUUUACGGGUACAUGUGCAAAUACAGACUAAUAAGACUAUGGCAGAUUGCCGCGGUAGAAUUUUAUAUUGUUUGAAUCUCCACAGUAUCGAGUUCGCCAAGAAAAUUGAAGAAUCUCCUAUUAUUGUCUCAAGAUUGUAUUAGAACUCGUAGCAAUUUUUGUCCCUUUUUGUGAUUAGGAAGGAUAUUUCAAGUUUUUUGCCAAUUUUGUAAUGUUGACAAAUUGUUGUGAUGCCAUUGUCGACAUGUUUGAAUACUUUGCAUCAACAAAAACUUUAUUUUUGUAUUUCAUCAAUUGACAUUUACAAUUGUGAACAUGUCAAUAACAAAACAUAUGUUGUAUAUUAUUUUUGUCAUGCCGCAUUUUCGAACAUGAUUUUAUUCAUGUUAAACCCAUUUGUCUCCAUGUUCAACAUUUGUAAAAUAUCAUUUAUUUAUUUUUUAAGUUAUUGAUAAUUUAUUUGAACGUCCAAUUUAAGAUAUGUCGAAUCCAAGGUGCUUUACAACCCAUUCAGGUUGUUACAAUUUGUUAUAAAUAAAAUAUACAAAAACA